AUGGCAUUCCUUUCACCACAUGCGCUAAGGAAGAGACUGCAGCUGAGGAAAAGAGGACGCACCAACAAAACUGCAGGCGAUGAUUCCAAACCGGCGGAUGAUUCCAAACCGGCGGAUGAUUCCAAACCGGCGGAUGAUUCCCAACGCACAUCCAUCGGUGAUUCCGAAAACUCAAUGCUUACCUCUGCAAAUGCAUUUGAAAGGAAGACAGAAAUACAACCCGAGGUCUACGGAUACGAGAAUGCAAUUCCUGACGCGGCUGCAAAGAACAUGGCCAGAGCUUCUAGUAGAGAUCCCUACGGAUAUGAAUUGCAUGAUCCGUCCUCGCCAGGAGCGCAACCAAGACGAUCCUCCUUGAAAGGAUCUAACCCUGAACCUCGACUACGACGAAGGCGCCACUCCAUCUGCUUUGAAAACGAAGUGAAAGUUAACAAAGUGGUUCCAAUCGCAACAAUGGUGAAUGACAAGGGAGAAAUGUGGCUUCAAGGCAAAGACUACUACAAAAUUAUCAACAAGGUCAACACGAUUGUUGACCAAACUAACAGUGGCAAGGGGAAAAAAUAUUGUGUAAGAGGUUUGGAGCAUAUGGUUAAAAGAAGGGACGACCCAAGUGAGCCUCGAUCUGAGGCGUGGGACACCGUUUUGUACGAACAACAAAUUCAGCAGGCCACGGGAGACUACAAUGAAGAAGCAUUGUCUAGAAAAUACAGAUGUUGUUCGAACCAAAGUCGAAUGAAAGCGAAGAUUCGGGCCAUUAAGGAUGAACAAGACGUAUCUACAUACUUGGAGGAUACUAGAAGGCAUUGUCGCCGAAUGUCUAUGUGA